UUCCAAAAAAAUCAGGAAAAAAUCCCAAAAAAUCAGAAAAAAACCCCAAAAAAUCAGGAAAAUCCCCAAAACCCGUGAAUUCUCCCCAAAUUUGUAUUUCCCAGGCGUGGCUGCAGCAGUACGGGUACCUGGCGCCCGGCGAGCUGCGGGCGCGGCCCCGCCAAGGCCCCGCCUCGCUGGCGGCGGCGCUGGCGGCCAUGCAGCGCUUCUACGGCCUCCCCGUCACCGGCACGGCCGACGCCGACACCCUGCGGGCCAUGCUCCGGCCCAGGUGCGGCGUCCCCGAUAAAUUCGGGCCCCAGGUGAAGGCGCAGGUGCGGCGGCGCCGCUUCGCCCUGCAGGGGCUGCGCUGGGAGCAGCCCGAGAUCACCUACAGAUGGAGGGUCUCCAUUGGCCCGGCAGGGAACGACCUCUUCCUGGUGGCCGUGCACGAGCUGGGCCACGCGCUGGGCCUGGAGCAUUCCAGCGACCCCUCGGCCAUCAUGGCGCCCUUCUACCAAUGGAUGGACACCGAGGACUUCCAGCUGCCCGACGACGACCGGCGCGGCAUCCAGCAGCUCUACGGGUCCUCGGCCGGCCCCUCCCCCCGCCCCUCCCCCAGCCCGCGGGCGCCGCCCCUCCCCCCCCCGGGCCCCCCCCACGGGCCCCGGAUCUGCGACGGCGGCUUCGACACGGUGGCCAUGCUGCGCGGGGAGAUGUUCGUCUUCAAGGACCUUGCAAGGACCUUGCAAGGCUCCCGGCACUGGGUGUUCGACGAGGGCGUCCUGGCCCCCGGCUACCCCCGGCCCCUGGCCGAGCUCGGCCGCGGCGUCCCCGGUGACCGCCUGGACGCCGCCCUGCUCUGGCUGCCCAGCGGCCACACCUACCUCUUCCGGGGCGACAAGUGCGUGCCGGAACCUUCCGGAACCUUCCGGGAAUUUUUCUGGAAUUUUUCUGGAAUUUUCUGGAUUUUUUAUGCAUCUUUCAGGACCUUUCUGGGCUCUUUUGGGGGCUAUUUCUGCACCUUUCAGGACCUUUUGGGAACUUUCUGCACCUUCCAGGACCUUUCUGAACCUUCUGGGAAAUUCCGGGAAUUUCUGGGAAUUUUCGGGAAUUUUUCUGGAAUUUUCUGGAUUUUUUUAUGCAUCUUUCAGGACCUUUCUGGGCUCUUUUUGGGGCUAUUUCUGCACCUUUCAGAAUAUUUCUGCACCUUCCAGGACCUUUAUGCACCUUCCAGGACCUUUGUGAACCUUCUGGAACCUUCCGGGAAUUUCUGGGAAUUUUUCGGGAAUUUUUCUGGAAUUUUCGAGGCUUUUUUAUGCAUCUUUCAGGACCUGUCUGGGCUCUUUUUGGGGCUUUUUCUGCACCUUCCAGGACCUUUCCCUUGGGACCUUUUGGGACCCCCAAAAUCUCCCAAAUCCCCCCCAAAUUUUCUCUGAAAUUCCCCCCAAAAAACAAAAUUUUACCAAAUUCCCCCAAAAU